AAACAGCGGUGCUGUGAGUCUGAAACUACAAACAGAAGGUGUGUGUGUGGAGUUUUAACGGGGAGGUCUAGCACUGAGGCAGCUCUCCUAGAUUUAACUCAAACCAGAUGGUCUCUCCUCCAUGCGUAUUUCCGCUCCUCCCUGCACAGCUCUACAGCUCGGUUUACCGGAGGAGUGUGUGUUCGUGUCCCGGUCCAGUUUCUCUCUGAGAGGAGGAACUGCGCAGAGCAGGAGGUAAUUAGAGGACUCAUUACAGCACAUGAUCGGGAGGAGAUGCAGUUCGGCGGAAAUGGAGCGAACUUCGCCGCUUCGCCUGCGGCUGUACGUGGCUCCGUCUCAAGCGAACAGCGCGUCUGAGGACUAGACUGUUUAAAACUCUUUUUAUGAGCGGCUGAUGGACCUCUGAUCUUCUCCAGAGAGGAAUGUGACGGGAGGCUCAAUGCGGCUCCUCCUGCACCCCGUCCGGUUCCGGUUCUGCUCCGGUCUGGUUCUGCUGCUGCUGCUGGGGCUCUCGGUGUGUGUGUUCCUCCAGACCCGGACCCGGCUCCGCUCCGGCCCGCACGAGAAGGUUCUGAUGGAGGAGAGCAGCCGGAUCAUCUCCUCGCUGGAGGCUCUGCAGAAAGGGGUCCAGUCCAAACGCCAGGCCCUGGUUCUGACGGGUCUGCACCCCCCCUCCGACCCGGAGCUGCAGCUGAUCCUCAGAGUCCUGACGGAAAUGAAGUUCACCGUGGACACCUCCCCGUACGCCGAGACCAGCAACACACUGAGGACCCAGCACGGUGUGAGUGGGUGGAGCCUGUUGAUGUGCCUCAGCAGUUCAGAGAGGAGCUGCUUGCGGAGGAUCCCCUUCACUCACCUGACAGCCAAUCAGAGGGUUAACCUGUUGCCGGCGGUGAUGGAGGCAUUCUCUGAUGCAGGUGGAGGUCUCUGUCUCUUCUACGCUCGCUCACACCUGACAGGAACUCAGUUACCCAUGAGACCACAGGCCUGUGGGUCAACCAAUCAGAAGCUGCCAUUACCUGCGGACAGCCCCUCACCUGCUGGAGCCCCGCCCCCUGUUCUGGUUGCCAUGGUGAAUGUUUACAUCCUGGUGACGUCAGUGAGGCCGCUCACUUCCUUCCUGCAUGACAUCAGCGUGGUGACAACCAAUCAGGAGCGGCGGGGACGGCCCACUCAGCUCACUCACUUCCUGCAGCAGACCCUGGGCCCUCACACCUCCCAUGAUGCUUUACAGCAGAUAAAGAGGGUGAUCGGUGAGGUGCUGCACGCCGCCGUGUCGACUACUAAGGAGCAGCACACCUCCAGAGGGUGUGUGUUGUGUUUCCAGCUGUUGACCUUCACUCUGCUCUUCAGUGGCUCCAUCACACCUGUCGUCGUCCAGGUGGACACUGAUCUGACGUUCUCAGCUCUGACUAACGAAGCGUUUGAGGGACCAAUCAGCAGAGACCGGAUCCUGGAAGACACUCUGCACUUCCUGCACCUGUCCUCUGCAGAGACUCAGUACGGUGGCUGCAGAGGGACACACGGCGUCUGUCUCUCUGAAGACGAGUUUCUUCUUCUGCUUCAGUUUCAGCAGCAGAUGAAGACGUCCUCAGCUUUUCAACUGCUGUAUCCCAGCUCUUCCUCCUCCUCCUCUUCCUCUUCUCUCCUCCUCUCAGAUCUCCUGAUCAGGAUCAGCCGUCACUAUGAGCUGCAGAGGAACCAGAGCUCCAGAAUUAAAGAGAUGGAACGGACCAAUCAGAACACUGUGUCUGACGGUACAGGGGCAUGUGUCGACCCCAGGCUGCGUCAACUGUACUUGUCCCCCCCUCUGGGUCUGACUCCCCCCUUCAGCCCCUCAGUGAGGGAGUACUGGACCGAGGUGACAUUUGACCAGCUAACGGUCCGGGUCCGACCGGAGACCCUCAGCCCCGCCUGCUCCGCUCACCUGGACCACUGUGCAGGACCCAGCAUGGCGAUCUUCCCUCUCGGCCUCGGCGACAGCAGCAUCAACAUCCUGGUGACGGGCGGCGGCGAGAAGCCCGCCGUCAUGGCGACCUACAGCGUGCACGUGCACCGCGACAGCCGGCCCAGCCUGCCCAUGUUCGGAGAUCAUGUGACCUGCAGCUUCCUCCAGGACUGUGGUCUGGUGGUGCAGCCUGUUCUCCCCUGUGGUCUGCAGCCCUUCAUCAGGACACCUAGCCCCUCCCCCACCUGCAGCUCAGGAGACCAUCCAGGUGUGUGGGUGGUGCCGUGUCUCACCUGCUCUGACAACAGGACGUGUGAUUGGAGGGAGGUUACCUGGCAACCAAACGGCUGUUACCACCCGCAGGUCCCCCCCCCCCUGCUGCAAGCCUGUCUGACGGACAGGAAGGUGCUGUUCAUCGGGGACUCCACUAACCGCGGGAUGAUGUACUUCCUGUUGGAGCGGGUGAACUCAAGCCUUCAGGUGUGGGGGCAGAGCCACGACCUGCAGGUGUAUCAGCACCUGAACCUGGACCGGACCCUGGUCAGCUACUCAUAUUACCCCCGCUUCUGGGAAGACAAGGACCAGAGACCCACCUUCAGACAGAGCCUGCUGCAGCUCAUACACAGGUCGCGACCUCUGGUGAACUCUAAGCAGACGGUGCUGGUGGUGGGGGGGGUCCAGUGGCUGAAGGGGGAUCACCUGAGGACCAUCAGAGAGGUGCUAGACAGAGAGUCUCUCAGUGACAUCCUGGUUGUGGUCAAAUCUUUGGGGAUGGGGUUCCAUCUUCCUGUUGAGGGGAUCCGGUCCCUCAGUCUGAGGGAGAUCCAGGACUUGUACCAGGAGAACCAGAACAUCAUCACCACUGCAAAGCAUCAUGGGUAUGAGGUGAUCGACACGUUCAGCAUCACGAUGGGUCGCUUCAAAGACUUCCUGCAGGGCCGCUGUGCCUGCCACUUCCACCAGGUGGAGAAGACCUCCAGGCCUCCAGACGUCAUCACAGCGUCCACCACCAACAGAACCAGAACCACACCUGAGCUCCAAUCAGACUCCCAGGAUCCAGAGAAGGAGGCGUGGCCUAGAGCCUCAUCCUAUCACGUGAGAGGACCAGUGAACCAGGUGUACUCUGAGAUCCUGCUGAGCCGCCUGUGCCCCCGCAGCACCUGAGAGAGUGAGUGAGUCAGUGAGUGAGAGUGAGAGAGUGAGUGAGUCAGUCAGUCAGUUUAUCUCUGCUAAUAAAUGACUCGUUAGUUAUCUCCUGAUGCUACAAGUUAAUCUCAGAAACAGGGAGUGCAGUGAGCCUCAGCUGGUUCUGGUCCACACUACUUCCUGUUCCUUCUUAUGCACACUAGCUGUUCUCUGUACUGCACCGACUGCCUCUGAAGGACACCAGAUGUCUAUAGUGUGUACUAGCUGGUGCACACUAACUUAUCUGAGGCCCUCAAGCUGGCUCACUCAGCUCAGGUUUUCUGAUGCAUCCUAUCAAGUGUCUCAAACUGCUGCUGCUGCGAUGGACUCUUGUGUCUGUGGUCAGAAGAACAUCCUGGUUAUUUUCAAGGGUCAUAUUUUAUUUUAUUUUCCUGUCUCUGUGUUCCUCCUGUAUGUAUACACAGUGUGUAUAUAUAUAUAUAUAUAUAUAUAUAUAUAUAUAUACACACUGAUGUACCUCAGUCUUUAUCUGUAUGUGUAUAUGAGAUGAUACUCAAAGACGUGAUGAUGUGAAACGUCUUAUGUUUUAUAUUUUUCUACAGAUGUUUAUUGCUCUUCUCUGAAAACAGAAUAUAUUAAAUGAAUGCUAUGAUUCUCUUCUCCUCUUUGUAAAGUUGAUGAGUUUCAGUGUUCUUUGUGUUUUAUACAUUUAUAUAUCUUUGGAUAAAACUCACAUUUCUAUCA